GCCGAAGUGUAGAAUCUCUCUUGGCCUAUCAUUGCAAAGACUCCCACCUAACAUCAAACAUCCAUCACAUCUCUCGUAACCAACCACUCUCGCCUAAUUAGUGUAACUCUCCGUCUAAUUAUAACAUCCCUUGUGAGGAUGAAGGCUGUUCCUUAUCAUCACCCCGUCUCCACCACCAGAGCCGUCUCGCACUCGCGGCUUCCCAUGACCACGGUGCGCCCCUGCGCUGCCGAAUCCGCCCGGGGUCAGCAGCGCCUUGUUGACACGGUGAACGAACGUCAAGCGCCCGCCACUCCUGCAACCCAGUCAAGCCGCACGGCGCAACGCCCACGGCGGAACUCGGGGCCCGGCAGGCAUGGGGUGCCGGCCACCAAAAUCAACAAGGCCAGCGGCUCUCGGAACCGGAUCGGGCUCUGGCUUGAGAAUAUCGACCCGGCUCACGGACUGCCGCCUACGCUCCAGGCACUUUCGCCAGCGUCGUCCGAGACAUGGACGCGACGGAGGUCGGCAAGCCUGAGCGUGCCCUCCUCUCUUGAUGCGGCUCGGAUGGCCAGGGACCCGCGUGCGCCCCGGAUGCCGCUCGCCGACAUCACCUCCCUCGUUCUCGCGGCCGAAAGUCCCUCGAGCUUCGGUAGCCGAAACCAAUCCGACGCGCGGCCACAAUCAUCCAAGAUGGAAAUGGAACCGCAGUCACCGAAGCAAAGAAGGCCGUUCUCGGUCCCAGACCUCACCGGAGCCGUCGAUAUGCUGACCGCGAGCGAGGCAAGACACCUGCUCCUCAUGUCAGCUCGGUCCGACACGUCGCUGGCCAACGCCAUCAAGGAAAUCGCCAUCAGUCGCGCUUCGAUCCGGUCGACCCAGGAGUUUGAGCAGAGCUAUCUGGCAGACACCUUCAUAUGCGACGAGGAUCGCAUCCCAACCGAGCGCUGAAUGCCCCAAGCGUCCUCUACUCUUCUUCUUUUCUUAGGCGCGAGAAGCUAGGUAUCCUUCCGCUCCUGAAAGGAAGACGUAAUUAUCCAAACCGCAAUCCCGAUCCGAGGCUCUGAUCCGUUCAAUCAACCAGGAGUGCUUGAGGUCAACGAUGUACCCGCUGGGUCUGGCCUACAUGGCAAGGCAACUAAUAAUAGGCUGGGAAUACCCAAGAAAAAACAUAGCAGCACGUCAAGUCCGCGUUAAUAG